AUGGCUCGAAGUCAGUGCGUUCGCAGCCUGCUCGAGGAUGCAUUCGGCCAGCUGGAGCCAUGCGUGGGAACUGCGACCAGUGGUGAGGAUGGUGAGGAUGAGGAUGCACAAAUAGCUGCAGUUGUUGCGAAGCUAGCUGAAGACAGCUUCCAGCUGGAGGCUGUGCACAAAAACCUUCGGGACAAGCAGCUGGAUUCCAAGACGCUAUGUGCUGCGGGGCUGGUUGCCGACAUCGAGGCAGAGAAACAGGAAGAGCCUCACGAGCUCCAGAAAGCAGGUUAUCCAUCCGAGCAGCCUGUUGUUCGGCGAGGGCCGGGUCAGGAGACCGGCGGCAAGAUCAAAGCGGCGAGGCCUGCACCCCUCCAACUGAUUCCAGAAGCAGCAGUUUUUCAAGGCUGCCGAGUCGGACAAACCUAUGACGUGAAGAUCGAGAUUCGCAACGUGUCUGCCCCUCCAGGCACCUUGAUUUAUGAUUUUGUUGAAGCGCUGCUGCGAUCAGGCUUCGUCUCGAUUUUGCUUCUUUGGCGGAAGCGGUCGGCUGCUGCAGAAGAGAGAGAAAUCGCUGCUCUCUUCCGCCAGCUGCAAGAUCUCAGCAAAGCCGUCUGCAUGGUCGUGUCUGAUGCGCGGUCCACCAGCUUCAGCCAGCGAAAUCUAGCAAAGUACUUGACUCAGCGUGGCCUUGAACCAAGCGGCCAACUUCUUCAGGAUGCGAAGGUGCUUGUGAGCGUUCUGAGGGAUGAUGCACUUCAGAAGGCAAAUUCAGGUGCGGAGCGGGGCCGCGCCUUCGCGCACGAGCUGAAAAAGUCUGCAGUCGACCGUCAGCGUUUGGUAAACCUCUUCCCGGACAUCAAGGCCAGCUACGUUCAGCAGCCGCUUGACUACGGAAGGAAUUCCAGAUACGGAGAUCAGUGGCGAAUUUCCUGCUACCUGGUCGUAAUGGAGAACUGGAAGCCGAAGAUUCUGCCCCACGAGCCAAUGCUUCGAUGUCUCGGCUCCGUCAUGUCCGACUGCGUAGACAUGUUUGAAGACUGGUAUUGUCAGUUGAAAGGCUACAGACUUGGAAGCAAGAAGUUUGAAGUGAUGAAUGCCUUCGUGACUCGAUAUCGGCCAGUGCAUGGAGAAGAUGAGCUGCAGAAGCACAUCGAUGGUGCCAACGUGGAUGGCUCCGUAAUCUUGGCUCUUCCUACAGAUGAGCCUUUCGAAGGAGGUGCCCUGCAUGUGUGGGAUGGCAAGCCAAAGCAAGAGCUUGUCUACACCAUGGACGCCGGCGACUGUAUCUUCUUGGACACCAAGAUCUGGCCCCGUCGCAACCACAGCCUGUCUGACGACACAUCCGUCGCCGCCGUCGAGAAACUGGGUGAAGAAUUGUGGGCUGAUCGGAGGGACGAGGUGUCUUCCAGCUACGCAUCGAGGCGCCGGCAGGUGUGGGCGACACGACGCCGGGGCCGCUCUUCCGUCGCGAUGCCGAGUCCAGUGCCCGAGACAUGCAGGGCUCCGCUGCUAAUUGUUGGUAUGACUUCUUUGCCGUCGCGUUUGGAAGGGAUUGGGCCAGCGCUGGAGUCUAUAGCCAGCCAGUCCAGGCGACCGGAUCGGCUCGUUCUGUCAUUGCCGCGGCUGUCGGCGCGCGAAGGCCGCAAGUAUGAGCUGCCGGAUCAUGUGACCUGCCUCAUGGCAAAGCAUCCAUGGAUGGAGGUCAACUGGUUGGAGGAGGAUGCAGGUCCUGGCACCAAAUUACUCGGGGCAGCUGACUGGUUUCAAAGAUCGAUUGGCAGGGCAAUCCCUGGCGAUAUGCUGAUGUUGCUCGACGAUGACCACGCUUACCUACCAUCAGCACUAGGCGAGUUGUGCCAGAUCCAGCAACAUCUUGGAUGUGACUACAUCAGCUCUUUCUUCGCCUACUUCUUUCGCGGGCUCAUGGUGCCACAGGGCGCCGAUAUUGUGGCCUUGCAGCUGGAUAGCACAACCUUGCGUUGCAUUAUUGAUUUUCACAGGUGCUUUGUGAAAGGCGAUGCAGCAUGUUUCCUGGUAGAUGAUCUGUGGACUGCCAUGUUCUACUUUCUGAGCGGGAGGCAGGUGCGCUCCUUCCGCGACAGAGUCAUCCAGAGGGGCUUGGAAACCAUCUAUUCUCGAACGGACAAUGCAUCCGUCGCGGCUUUGAUGGAUUUGGAUGGCAGUGCGCGAAGAGAUCGCGCGAUGGUGUCGGCGUUUGAGGGCUUGCUGCAGCGCCUUUUGGACGAGGAGUCCCAGCUUUCCAGCAUUGCCGGCGAAGAUGCAGUUCAACGUCUCCACAAGCUGGCCGCAGAAGUGAGGCAGGCAGAUCGACGUAUUGUAGAGCUCAACAGGUGGCUGCUGCAAGCGCAGUUGGGUGGGACAUGCGAGUCCCAACUGCUGCGGCGAGCAACGCAGGAGCUGGCUCAAUUGAUGCACUUGUACCUAAUGCAGAAGCUGCCGGAGAAACCACCGUCGACAAGCGAUGCCGACAUUCUGGCAGAAGAAGUCAAUGCUGCAGUGCCGAAGGAAAAGAACGUGUCGUCACGAGCAGUGAAGGCCAGGCAUAUCAGGGUGUGUCUCUGCAGAGAUCGAAGGGGUGUCCUUCGAUUCCGCCACAUGGCCAAACGAAAAAUCGAGAAUGCUCCGAACCCUGACAGCGCCCAGACGAUCCGUGGCCUGGAUCUGCCGACCUAUGAUGGCGCAGGGCUUCGAAUCGGAAUCCUGAGCGCGAGAUGGAACUCAAUAGUAUGUGACAGCUUGGUGGCCGGGGCUGUCGAAGCCCUUACGUCUUGCAACGUCACCGACAUCACCAUCGAACAUGUCGCCGGAUCUUAUGAAAUUCCUCAGGCUGCCCAGGUACUUUUGGAUUCUGGUCGGUUUGAUGGAAUCAUCUGCAUCGGCUGCCUCAUAAAGGGCGGCACAAUGCAUUUCGAGUACAUCAGCGAGGCCGUUACUCAGGGCAUCAUGAGACUGAACCUGGACUACAAAGCCCCAGUUAUUUACGGCAUCCUAGGCUGCUUGAAUGAGGAGCAGGCCAAAGAGAGAGCCGGAGUUAAUGGAGCCGGGCACAACAGCGGAAAGGAUUGGGGAAUCACUGUUGUGGAGUCGUGCCUUCUGACCAAGAAGUACAAAAAAGUGCUCGGCAGCUGA